AUGGAUACACCUGUUCUUUCAAAUAAUGAAGAUGAUCAUACUGCGAUUCGUAUUCAAAUGAAGGAUGAACAAGUCUGGACUGCAUUCAAUAACGUCAUGCUCGAAUAUAUUGCGACUAACGAAGGACGUCGUAUGUUUCCAAGUAUAAAAGCAUUAAUCGACAAUCUUCAACCAUCGAUGACCUAUGAUAUCUAUAUUGAUUUGAUUGAACGUGGUCGUUAUGCAUGGACUAACAACCAAUGGAUUAAGAUAUAUGAUACUUCGUCAACUACAAACAUCCGUAAUGAUGGACAUGUACAACAACUUCAAACAUAUCGUCAUGAGAAUUCCCCUAAUUUAGGAAGCUUCUGGAUGGAUAAUCCUGUUUCGUUUGCUCGUCUUAAACUGACAACUCGUACUGAAAACUUAACACCUAAUCAGAUCACUGUUAAACCAAUGCAUAUGUAUGUGCCUCGCAUUCAAAUUAUGCAACAUCAAUUGAUGGAUCAAGAAAACGUACUGGUUCAUUCACAAAUACUACCUCGAGCCACAUUUAUUGCUGUGACUCAAUAUAAAAACGCAGAGGUUACGACACUCAAGAUCAUGUAUAACCCAUUUGCUCAAAAUUUCUUAAUGACAUAUAAUCAGUAUUUUCAAAGACAAUUACCUCGUAUUUCUGGCUGA